CGCGCCGGCCAACGUUAAUCGGCCUGGCGCGUUUCACGUGCGUGCCGCCUGAUGAGUCGAGUCUGGGAGAUUGUGCGUGGUCCGUGGGUGGGAUAGAGCAUCAGCAAUGAACAGAAAAAUGUAUUGAUAUUAGGGUUUAGUCUCUUCUGCUUGAUCUUGAUCGUUAUAGAAAGCUCCUGCAGCAACAUACUCAGCUUGGAAGGAGUGGAGAAGCUAAAGGUGUAAAGGAUUUCAGAUGGCAGUGUUGCAUUUCUAUAGUUGUCCUGGCAUUCAGGCAGGGGCAUCCAAGGCCUGUCUGAAUAAAGUGAAGUUGAUCCUCAAAGAUGCAGGUCAAGUGGAGCUCAAGACAGAGAUAUGCUACAAUGUUGAAGUCCCAGACAAGGAUUCUUUGACAAAAGAGGACCUUCAAGUGCUACACUGGAUCCUUGGAACUCCAUUUGAGAGCAACAGCUUGGCUACAGAUUCUUUCCUGAUGGAAGGCAAAACUUCAGGAGAGGACCUAAUCAUUGAAAUAGGGCCACGACUUAAUUUCUCCACGGCCUGGUCCACUAAUGCUGUCUCAAUGUGCCAGUCAGCUGGUGUCUAUCAGAUCACACGCAUUGAGUGCUCCCUUCGCUACUGUGUAAAAGCAAUGACAGCUGAUGGCCACCCCAUGACAAUCUCACCAGAUAUUGCCGGGGAAAUCGCCGGCACACUACAUGACCGAAUGACAGAGUGUCGAUAUGCAAAACCUCUGGAGAGCUUUGCAAUAGAGGUGCAUCCUGAGCCAGUUUUUGAGGUAAAUGUUAUUGGAGAGGGGAAGAAAGCUCUGGAGAAAGCCAACAUAGAGUUAGGACUUGCUUUUGAUGAUUGGGAUCUUGAGUUCUACACAGACUUGUUUCGGAAUAAGGCAAAACGUAACCCGACCAGUGUGGAAUGCUUUGAUCUGGCACAGUCUAACAGUGAGCACAGCAGGCACUGGUUCUUCAAGGGGCGCAUGAUCCUAGACCAAGAGGAGCAUCCGCUGUCCCUUUUCAAGAUGGUCAUGAACACCCAGGCUAACAGCAACCAAAACAAUGUCAUCAAAUUCUCUGACAACAGCAGUGCAAUCCAGGGCUACAGGGUACAGACUUUGGUUCCAGAGACCCCCGGUGUUGGUGCUUCAUCGUUCAAACAGCAAGUGGCACAGCGACACAUCAUAUUCACUGCUGAGACUCACAAUUUCCCGACAGGCGUGGCGCCAUUUAGUGGAGCAACGACAGGCACGGGAGGCCGUAUCCGGGAUGUGCAAGCAGCAGGACGAGGUGCUCAUGUUGUGGCUGGCACAGCAGGCUACUGCUUUGGAAAUCUCUUCAUUCCAGACUACGAGCUACCCUGGGAAGAUGCCUCUUUUGUGUAUCCAUCCAACAUGGCUUCGGGGCUGCAGGUAGCCAUCCAGGCAAGCAACGGGGCCUCAGACUAUGGUAACAAGUUUGGGGAGCCCGUUCUGACAGGGUUUGCUCGGUCGUUUGGUUUGCUGAUUGGUGACGGGGAGCGGCGGGAAUGGGUCAAGCCAAUCAUGUUCAGCGGUGGCAUUGGCUCCUUAGAGAGCAGUCAUGUGACCAAAGCAAGGGCAGAGCAUGGAAUGAAAGUGGUGAAGCUUGGUGGCCCUGUCUAUCGCAUUGGUGUUGGUGGUGGGGCAGCCUCUUCCAUUCAGGUUCAAGGGGAUAACACAGAGGAGCUGGACUUUGGAGCAGUCCAGAGAGGGGAUGCAGAGAUGGAACAGAAAAUGAACAGAGUGAUCCGUGCCUGCAUCGAGAUGGGGGAAAAGAAUCCCAUCAGCAGUAUUCAUGACCAAGGUGCUGGAGGAAAUGGCAAUGUCUUGAAGGAGAUAUCCGAGCCAGCUGGUGCCCUCAUAAGAGCUAAAGAAUUCCAAUUGGGCGAUCCAACCAUCAACACCAUGGAAUUAUGGGGUGCUGAGUACCAGGAGAGCAAUGCCAUUCUCAUUCCAGAGGGGGCAUCCAAUGCACUGAGAGAUAUCUGCCGCAGGGAGAAAUGUCCAGUGUCAUUUGUGGGUGACAUAACGGGGGAUGGGAGGAUACGUCUAGAACAGGAAGAGGAAGAUUGUGUGGAAAAUGGUGGAGUGAAUGGAGAGGCUACUAACAAGAAGAUGCGUUCAUGUUCCUACCCAGUUGAUCUGGAGCUAGAGUGGGUCUUAGGAUCGAUGCCCAGAAAGGUAUUCAACUUGGAUCGAGUGAAACCCAAACUGAAGCCACUAGAUUUGCCAGCAGAUCUUACCGUUAGAGAUGCUGUUGAUCGAGUGCUGCGUCUUCCAUCUGUGGCCAGCAAAAGAUACCUCACAAACAAGGUGGACCGUUCAGUGACAGGACUUAUUGCUCAGCAGCAGUGCGUUGGCCCCCUCCACACUCCUCUUGCUGACGUAGCAGUCACAGCCUUGUCCCAUUUUGGCACUGUUGGCUCAGCUACUUCCAUUGGAGAGCAGCCAAUCAAAGGCCUCGUGGAUCCGGCUUGCGGGGCCAGGAUGUCUGUUGCCGAAGCCCUGACCAAUCUGGUGUUUGCCAGGGUGUCGUCUCUGAAAGAUGUGAAAUGUAGUGGAAACUGGAUGUGGCCAGCUAAACUACCAGGUGAGGGCGCUGCACUUUUUGAUGCCUGCGUCGCGAUGUGUGAUACAAUGAAACACCUUGGAAUAGCCAUUGAUGGAGGGAAGGAUUCACUCAGCAUGGCUGCCAGGGUUGCCAAGGAAACUGUCAAAGCCCCAGGUGCACUGGUCAUAUCUGCCUAUGUUGGUUGUCCAGAUAUUAGAUGCACGAUCACUCCUGAUUUCAAGUGUCCAGGAGACUGUGGGAGCAUCUUGUUUGUUGACCUGAGCUGUGGCCAUCGUCGCCUUGGAGGCUCGGCCCUGGCUCAAUGCUACAAGCAGCUUGGUGAUAGCGUGCCUGAUCUUGAGAAUGCAACCAUGCUGGCUGAUGCCUUCAAUGUCACCCAGGAACUUCUUGCCGAGGGCUUGUUGACGGCUGGUCAUGAUGUCAGUGAUGGAGGGUUAAUUACCUGCCUGUUGGAGAUGACCUUUGCAGGGAAUUGUGGGAUAGAUGUCAGCAUACCAAAUGGCAAGAAGGUAUCAGGUUUGAAGGUACUUUUUGCGGAAGAGCUCGGUCUGGUGUUCGAAGUGUCAACUGAGAAUGCUGAGGCUGUGUGCCAGAGGUAUGCUGGGAAGGGAGUGCCUUGCUCUGUGAUUGGUCAGUCAUGUGGCCAGGGAUCAGACUCCAUGGUGCGAGUCUCGGUGGAUGGCAGUGAUGUUCUAACUGAACAGAUGGUGGUCUUGAGAGAUAUCUGGGAAGAGACUAGUUUCAGCCUGGAGAAUCUGCAGGCCAAUCCGGAUUGUGUCGCUGAGGAGAGACUAGGCCUGGCACAGAGGGUGGCUCCUCCAUACAAGCUCACCUUUGACCCUAACAACCACAAAAUAGAUGCAGAGGUGGCCAAACCAGGCUUUGUUCGACCUAAAGUGGCUGUGAUUCGUGAGGAGGGCAGUAAUGGUGAUCGUGAGAUGGUUGCGUCGCUCUUCAGUGCCGGUUUUGAUGUGUGGGAUGUCAAUAUGCAGGACCUUGCCACAGGAAAUGUCACACUGGACCAGUUUAGAGGCGUGGUCUUUGUUGGGGGAUUCAGCUAUGCGGAUGUGUGUGGAUCUGCAAAAGGUUGGGCAGCAGCGAUCCUGUUUAAUUCCAUUGUGCGCGCUCAGUUUGAUGCAUUCCGUGCUCGUAGUGACACAUUCUCUCUGGGUGUCUGCAAUGGCUGUCAGCUGAUGGGCUUACUGGGCUGGGUGGCCCCAGACAAUGGACCAGGGAUGCCAGAUGGAGAUUCUGCAUCUUCCAGACAGGGUGUCUUCCUGACACACAACAAGUCUGAAAGGUUUGAGUCACGCUUUGUGAGUGUGGGAAUCAGUGAGAGUCCUUCUGUUCUCCUUCAAGGCAUGGAGGGGUCUGUUCUGGGCAUCUGGGUCGCCCAUGGAGAAGGCUACAUGAAGUUUGCUACAGACACUAUUGUCAACCAGGUCACUCGGAACAACCUAGCACCCAUACGCUACGUGGAUGACCAGGGUCGCCCUACCACCCAGUACCCACUCAACCCAAAUGGAUCCCCGGAGGGGGUGGCUGCCCUGUGUUCCCCAGAUGGGCGACACCUGGCCCUUAUGCCCCACCCAGAGAGGUGCACCUUCAUCUGGCAGUGGGCAUGGAUGCCGCAAGAGUGGAAGCAGGACGUCAAGGUGUCACCCUGGAUGUACAUGUUCAAGAAUGCAUGUUCCUGGUGUCUCCAGAAUGCUUAGAGGAAUUUCAGGGUAUUCUCAGUACAACGGUAUUGCUUAUUUAUGAAGCUCACAAUGUGACAUUUGUGGUUCUAGAGUGUGGUUCUUAACUUGACACAAGUUGGUUUUAAAAAGCAGUUGAAGAUUGAUUCACAAAGCACAUCCUGCACAAUUAGAAAAGUAAUGAAUUCUUAAGGAUGGUUCGGAUAGAAUGUGACAAAAUGGGACACAAUGUUUUCCCAAAUUAAAUUUAGAGAUAUCAUACCUAUUAUUCAGCAGUGUUAACUGGAUUUAGUCAAUUAAGCAUUGUCACAUCUGUGAUCAUCCCAGUGAAUUGAUAUCAAUACACUGUGUAUGGUAAAAAUAUUCAUCAAGUUCUUAAUUCUUGAGAGGAAUCUUUGACAAAAAAAUGAACAUGCAUACGUGUGUUCUGGUGUAUAAUGCGUUCACUAAGGGAACAGUCGAGUCCAUUCCAUUUAAAUUGUAAUUUGUGAGGGUAAACAAGAAAAGCCCAAAUGCAAGGAUGUAUCCAGUUUGAAUUUAGGUAUAGGGUGAUUGAGAAUUUUGCUUGAUGGAGAUAAUUUAACAGUACAUACUUUUUGUCUGAAAAAGCUGUACCGUAAAUGAUGUACAAUAGGCCUAUGUGUUGAUGGUGUCAAUCUUUUGUUUACAUGUAUGUUUUUUUAAUGGACCUUGGAAUCCCCCGGCUAGCCUGCCUCCCUCAGCUUGCCUGGCUCCCAGAGGAAAGAGCACAUGUAAGUAAAGUGUGACAUCAUCAAUACAUAUGCCUAUUUCAGUUCUACAUUUGCAUUUAGUUAUGUUAUCUUUUAUUUUUUCUUCAGUUUCUGUUUCUGUUUUCACUGUAUAAUAUCAAGGUUAUUUGAUCUUAUUUGACAUGGAGAUGAAUGCCAUGUUUGAUAUACGAAAUCUGUGCAGGUGACGCAAAAAGCUUGGUAACUUCUGUCACCAGAAUACACUACAUGAUAGGAGAAUUAAUCAUGCGUGCUGUUGGUUUGUAGCCUUACAGAAACAAUCCUGAAUUACCAACCAUCCAGACCAUAUAUUUUGAAAUUGUUGGAAUUACACAAAUGGAAUUAUUUAAAUUAUUUUUUUAGUUUCUUCCAGGGUAUGCUGUGUGUUAUUUUUGUAGCCAUUAAUAUCAACGUUUCCUGAUGUUACUGAAAUUUAUUUACUGAAAUUCUAAGAGCUGUAUUUUUUUUUCACAUGUCACUUGGUUUUAAAGUGACACACGACUUUAAACAUGGUCAGGUGAGAGGUUAAUAAAAGUACUUCCAUUCAUGUUCUUGAUGA